AUGCCCCGGCGCGCCCCCUCCCCCUCCUCCCGUCGCCGCUCCUCCCUCCCCUCCCAACCCUCAACACCCCGCGCCUCCCUCACCCACCCUACAGCCCCGAGGCAGCCCAAACUAAGCGUCCUCGCAGCCGCAGCAAACAGGCUCAGGGAUGUCACCGCCACCCCGCGACGGAGCGUAUCGGGUCGAGCGGCGCCAGGAGAGGGCGAGAGGGAGGCUGCACCGUUGGUUGUCGAGAGUCAGCGCUAUGAGGAGUGGAUGAAGAUCGCAACCGACAAUAAAAUCACCUCGACCAACACCUGGAACCUCGCGCUCAUCGACUACUUCCACGACAUGUCCCUCCUCCGCAACGGCGACGACAACAGCAUCAAUUUCCAGAAGGCUUCGUGUACCCUCGACGGGUGCGUCAAGAUUUGGACGAGCCGAGUCGAUAGUGUGGCGAGUGAGACGGGGAAGUUGUUGAGUGGGUUGGGGGACAAGGCCGCUGCCGCCCGCCAAACCUCGACCCUCGCCGACGACUUUUCGAGACUGCGCAUCAAAGCGUUCGAUCUGGAAUUCACCGUCGACCCACUCUUCAAAAAGACCUCUGCCGAUUUCGAUGAAGGCGGAGCGGGAGGGAUCUUGAUGAACCACCUCGGGUGCGACGGGAAUAUGAAGGUCGUGUUUGAUGCGGGGGAUGCGAAACUCGAGUGUGAUGAUGAGGAGGGCGAGGAGGGCGCGAAGGAGGAGGAGGACGUGCGAGAGGAGGAGGGGGACGUCGAAGUCGAUAUCUCCCGUCUGCGCGCCCGCUGCCUGCCCUCCGGCCUCUCCCCCCUCCAGCACAUGUCCCUCUGUCCCUCGCUCUCAGCAUUCCGUUUCUCAGCCGACUCGUCGCUCUCACUCGGGAUGCUCCACCUCGGACCCGACUCCGACUCCGACGCGGCAUCGGACGGAGGCGCGGCGGAGGGAGGGGAGGGUGAUUUCGGAGGGUUCGACGAUCAUUUUGCGGGACAAGAAUUUGGUGGAGGCGGAGACGACUUUGGAGGAGGAGGAGGAGGAGAAGGAGAGGUCGACUUUUUCGCAGAUCAAUUCACCCCUCUCGGCGCAGCGGAACUCGGACUUCCUAUCCCUCCCCCCACCUCCGGCGGCGGCGGCGGCGCAGGCUUCGGCCCCAUCGAGCCUUUCGACCCUCGCCUCGCCUCCUCACGCACCUCCGACCUCGUCCUCUCCAACAUCGCCGACGAAGGACCAGAGGAGGGAGCGAACGUGUGGGAGUUGCUUGAUCAGAGGGUUGGAGGGAAGAAGGGCUGGGCGGGGCCGGAGCAUUGGAAGAUGCGGAGGGGACGGAUUGGCGCAGCUGCGGGAGGGGAGAAGGCGGGGGCGAGGAAGGAGGAGGGGGAGGAAGACGACGCCCCAGCCGGCCCGGACGCCAAACCCACCCGCGCCAAGAAGGACCGCACCGCUCUCGUCCUGGACUUUUCCUCCCCCCCUCCCCUCUCCUCGAAAGAGCUCUUCCUCCCCGCCGCUCCCAAGACAAGCAUCACCACCUCGCUCAACAAGAAGAAGACUGACAAGGCCGAGGAAGACUGGACGUUGCCCGAGGACUACAUGUUUAGCUCGGGGAUGCUGUUGAGGUUGUUUUUGAAGCCCAAGACGACGCUCCGCAUGCGCCGUCGUCCCUCCCCCUCCAGCGCAGGACUCGACCCGUCCACCGCACUGGGCGGGACGAACGAAGCAGGCGCCGCGGACGUGCAGUUUUGGGCUCAGGCGGGCGGCGUCGAGGGCGAUGCGAUGCAGAUGGAGGGCGAUAUGGGAGGGCUGGAUCCGAUGGAUCAUGAUUUCGGGGGUGGCCCGGACAACGACGACGACGAUCCCCCUCCCUUCGACACCCAAUGGCUCGUCUCAGGCGACGCGGACGACCUCCCCGACCCAGACGCCGACAUCGACACGGACGCCAACUUGCCCGACGACCUUGCCGCCGCUACGCAGGGCCAGUUGCGCCGCGUCAGGCCGGAACAGGUCACGUAUGCCAAGAGGGCGAAGAGGGUCGAUGUCAAGAAGCUCAAGGACUCGAUCUGGAAAGAGUUGGAGGAGGUGGUCGUGCCUGUUAAGCAGUUCCCCGCCGCUCACGUUUACGACCCGACCGCUCCCCCUCCCGAACCCAUCACCGACGAGAACGUCUCGCCCGCCUCCGCCGCGCGUCCAAAGAAGCCCAAGAAGUCCCAGCGCGCCGAAGCUCUCGUCCCCGUCAUCUCGUCCCUGCGCAAACAAUACCCCAAGGAAAAGAUGGACGAGAUCUCGACUUCGUACCUCUUUAUCUGUCUGUUGCACCUCGCGAACGAGAAGGGAUUGAGGAUACAGACGCCCAAGCCUGCGUCGGAGGGGGCGGAGGAGGUGGGUGUUGAGGAGGGAGAGGAGAUGAGGAAGUUGGUUGGGGGCUUGGAGGGGUUGAGGGUGCUCAAGGAGGUGCAGGCGUAG